UCCUGCCACGCGGCUCUUAAACACGUGCUUUUAUCUUUCAAUAUCUCCUACUUAUGUCUGUUUACAAAUUACAUUCUCAGCAGAUUAGUGUUUUGAAAUCUCCCAUCAGAGCCCAUGUGGGUACGUGUGCACGUGUGAACACGCCCGGACUUGUCUAAUUUGUCUGGCCGGGUCGACUGGACAUCACCGCAAAAAUCAUGGACAGCACGUUUCCAGAUCAGCUUUUCCCGCAUUUUUAUCAGGAUGGACCGCCACAAGCCAAGCCGAAGCUCGGUCUCGGAGGCUGGGGUUCUUAUGAAAGAGUGUUUGAAAGAAGGGCUGGACAGUGUAUUGCGGGACGAUCCACCCAGCCUGAGUUUGUAACCCAGCACACUGUGAGAGGAGAAGAAUGGGUACCAGUUAAACCAGCGGUUACCCCUUUAAUUCCACCAUGCACAGAUGCCAAAGUCUCAUUUGGUCCUCUACCAGAUCCAAUGGAUUUUCCAGAGCACAUGCAGUAUUUUUACCAGCAUUACUGCCUGGAUGCUUUUUCCACAAUGGGAAAUCUGCUACGGGAGGAUUUCACAUUUAAACGAAAGCAUCCAACGGGUGUGAAGAAUAUGUACUGGACUAAGAGGUUUCUGAAGGGCAUGAAUUAUAAAAGAUGCCAAAUUGCACAUUGCUUGAAGUGGGUCCAUCAGACUCACCAUCUGGUCAGUGAUGUUGUAAGUGAUAUUCCUCCUCCUCUUCUCGCCAACCACCUCCAUGAGGAACUAACGUCACAGAGGGAACAGCUGCAGUUCUGCUCCGAUAUGACAGGGGGUGUGUUAGGAUACAUGCCCUUACAUGAGGCACAGGGCAGUGCUGAUGGCUGUCUGAUUUAUCCCAGUGGACCUGCAAUGGAGAUACUCAACUUCCACAGGGUGGUGCCAGAGUUCAAUGAUGACAAGCCUCCUAAUUUCUUCAUGGACACCAGCUCUUUUGCUUUUGAGGUGAAUGGAGCCAUCAAACAGCUCAGUUUGGGCAACAUGGAGGAUCUAGGUAAUGUGGGUGUGCGAUCAGAUUAUUUUUGCAGCUCAUGGCUAUUAGGUGACAACUGCAGGCCACGGUUGCAGGAAGUCAUCAAGUCGAAGGAUCGUUACACGUGCAUCACUGUCAGUCCUCAUGUUCCAGAUGAGCUUGUAGUGGCCAAUGAGUGGGGAGCUGCCUAUCUUUGGACUGUGAAAAAAGGAUUGCAGAAGUUUCGAGAGGAAGUUUCUAAUCUUUAUUUCAAUGCCAAGUCGCCAUGGCGGUGGUGUGAGUUUACGUGCCACCCGAGAGUGAUUGUGUAUGCUGACAGAACAGGGGCAGAGAUUACAGACGCAAGGAAUCGUGAUUGUUGUCACACACUGUUCCGGAUUGGAAGGACGGCGACAUGUUUGAGGGGAGAAAGAGUGUUACUAGCCAAGUACCUAAGUGAAAGCCACACCCAUCACCACCUCAUCACUUCCCAGUUUUCCUCCUAUAUCAUGGACGAACGCGUUCCUUGUGUGCCCAUGCUGAAAUGGGAUCAUAUGAUGAAAUCCGAGCCAGUGUUUGCCUGCAGUCUGCCGGCACUGAAACGAAGCAGAACUUGCAAAGUGCUUCUUGGUUCUCAGAGGUCACAGGAGGUCAUGUUACUGCAGUACACAGGUGGGAGGAAGCAUGCCUGUCAGACUCUGGGUCCCAUUCAGAAGCUCUUAAGUCCCAAAGAGAGUCUGAGUCACCUAAACCAUCUGCUGCCCCACAAGAGACACCUCGCAGAAAAGAGACUGAACGUACCUGCUGCAGGUCUUACAGCUAUCCAGAAUAAGGACUACCUAUCCGUUUUCCAGCUCACUGAGACUGGAGACCUCUUUUUCCAAACACUGAAACUACACUCACAUGUAGGAGUGCGUAGUCAACUGGAACUAAUCAACAAUGUUGAAAAUGGUCUCUCCCAUUCUCCCGAUACAAAUGAAGAUAUCUGUAAGGAACCCAAUGGUACGUGCCCCACCAGACCAACCAAUCCAAGUAAAGAUCACGAUCUUCAGGUAGCUUGGAAUGAGUGGUUCAAGCCAAUUUUUAAAAAGGCUGCAGGCAAAAAACGACUCCAUCAUCAAAAAAUCAAAACCACAGGUUUGAUACAAUUGAAAAAGUCCAAAAUGGAAAAACUAAAGCAAGAUCGCAUUCAGAGAUUGAGGAGAGACCUUGAAGAGGUCAUGAAGAAGAAAGAGGUGCUCCUUCAAGGGGUCACGAACCUGACUCGCCUGAAUGUGACCCCUGUUCCUGACCCUGUAGAUCCCGAAGAGUGGCCAGAUGAUCUCAGCCAACGCUUGACAGCAUCGUGGGAGGGUGAAUGGAAGAACUGGUGGGAGGGGAAACUGGGCCUGAACCGGGAGAAUAAAAUCGAGGCUCUCCGUAAUGAGCGUAAAACCGAAAAUCAAGCCAAAGAUCUGCUUUCUGAAAGCUUUACCUCACUGGUUAGCUACCAGGAUGAUCUCUCGGGUUACUCAUCUGCAGCUAGUCAGAGGUUCGGUUCGGACGGAGAGUCUUUGGUUAAUUCACAAGCAAUGGAAAUGGAGGAUGGUACAUUGGAAACUGAGAUGCACAGAAAGAACCCCAUUAUUAUGAGAAGAUGUCUCAAUAAUCAACAGACCCUUGGGCAUGUACUGAUCGAAUCUACCCCAAAAAGUCCUCAGAAAAGAUCUGGGCCUGAUCAAGAACGUUUUAAACCUCAGUCAAAACAACCAACCCGAGGCAACUCCAGUCCUUUGGACUCCGGUCUUCGUCCUGCGUUGGCCACCUUUACAAGGACAACAAAGAGCCAAUCAAAACUGCACAAUGAGGAUUACCUUAGUUCUUUGUUUGGUUCCCAAGAACCUACUCGGCAAUCCGAACAGGAUGGUGGAAUUUCUUUCUCCCAUGUACCUACCUCAUCCCGGCUCUCCUUGUCAUCCCAGUGCAUUUCACAAGGCAGAACCCCUGCACAGGCCCCCCAGCUGAAGAGAAAGUAUCGCAUGGGCUUCUAAAAUCUGGCAUUCAAACAAGGAUUGCUGCAGGCGUGCGCUCUGGUGGGUCACUUACCUCUCGCUCUCAUCCCAGGCGCCCUCUGGAAUGGUGGGCAGCUCAGGAAUGCUACAGUAGCUGGUGUGCAGGUUUUGUGCCGUUCUUCGCGAGACGAUCCAGACCAGUUUCC